CAGCAACAGAACAACAUAGGCAACAAUAUCAUGGGUAUUGGACAAGGAAGCUCUUCCUCCAACAGCAACAUGAUGCCUGGUUCCUCUAUGGGUACCUCAAGUACAACCAUGAAUUUGAACAGCAGUAUUUUCACUCCAAUGGCCGCUUCCUCAUCGGCAGCUUCUCCAGCCAGUUCCGUCGGCUCUUGUGUCGACGUGAUGGAGGUGGACCUAAAAGGAGCUAUCAAAGACGCCAAAGAGUCGGAACACCAUUUGGCCAGAAUUAGCGCAUCGAAAACGCCUUCUAGCAGUCCGAUAGCGGCUUCACCGAGUGGACGUGGAGCAAGUCAACAUCUCGCUGGCAGAGGCCGUCUUCCCGUCGGAAGAGGAGGUGCGAGAGGUCCUCAGCAAGGAGGAUUUAUGAUGGUACUACUUUAUUUUAAGAUUCUACUUACUUAAAUUAUAAGAAUAAGAAGACGUGUACUACGUGUUGUAGUUGUAGUAGUAGUUCUAGUUGCAGUUCGUGGUGUUCGUUUAAGAUUCGCGUGAGUAAGAAGCUCUAGCUGGUGCAGAAGGAGAGACAACUGUAGUUCUAUUCUUUCUCCAAAGAAGCUCGACUCAUCAGUAGAGACAACUUUUUUAUUGAAGAUAUUUGUUUCAAACCACUGACUUCAAAAUAAAACAGGGCCACCAGCAGCAGCAACCUGCGCGACCAAACUAUCAGCUUUUGAGUUCGAAUGCAGACUCGUCUCAACAUCAUAACAAGAGUUCCAGAGGACGAACAAGCAGCUUUGCUUCUAGAACAUUCAGCAAAGCUGGGCAAAAUCCAGAUGCUAAAGAGUUCGUGCCAGGCGGCGGCGACUACUACCAUUACUCCACUGAACAUUACUCACAUCUGGGUUCAUACCACGAUUGCUCAGGAGCUAGUGGUGCGGGCGGAAAUCAUGGUAUUGCUAUUAAAUUUUUAGAAGAUGUAGUAGAAGUGGUAGUGCUAGUGUAGUAGUCUUUUAGACUCCUGGAGUGGGUACAUUCAUUCACUCAUUCUUGUUGGUGAUCAUUAUUAAUCGACGAAAUGAGUAGACAAUCAGGCAGGAUGAUCAUGGAGCAGCAAGCUUGAGGUUCAUGAUGUGUAGGUAGAUGAAGAUGAUCCAUUCAUCAAGCCCGGUUGAUGCUGAACUGUAUUUUUUUUUUGGGACCUGGGUCUAUUUUCAUCCUUGCAAUGCGAACAUUUAAUUUCCCUGCGAGAAUCCUGAAGCACAACGGCCAGGCACCUAAAAACACUAGACGAUGAUAAAGAUACUUGAGCUGAUGUCUCUGCUUCUGGCCAAGCGUGACCCUUACAGCACAGUACGCCGACAAUUACCUUGAUGUUUCUGUCCAGGCGUGACCCUUACAGCACAAUAUGUAGCUGUAAGUAGAUAAUUAUACCUCAUGAUGAUUGAGAUUGAUGAUGUUUCUUGUUAUCGUCCAGGCGUGACCUCCGUUACUAGCGCACCUCCACCUCCAUUGCCAGUCGUACCAAUCAGAAGUGAGGAUCUGUGUAGGUACUGGAGCCGCGUGAACGUCAACCCUGUUGGUAGCCAUAAUGGAAGCAAUAGUGUGAUCCAUAUCACGGCUGGUUGCAGAGCGGGGAAUCAGUGCAGGCACAGACACAGCGAACCACCGAUAGACCAUCAGCAGACAUAUAGGGACAUUUGCGACAAUCCAGAAAGCUUUGUGCAGAAUCGAUUAAACGAAGUAUUGCAGGAGUACGGAGUGCAGAACGAUGGGACGAAUGUGCAAGUGACGGUACUAUAGCACUAAUGCUGCUAAUGCUAUUAGGAGACAUUAACAUGACAAAGAUUUUGGGAUGACGCCGGCAGCAAAGUUUGAUAUCUAGCAUUUGAUGUGGUACGUCACGAUCAACGAUGGAAGUACUAGUGCUAGAACUGGAACUAGAUUCUAUAUCUUCUGAUAGACUCGACAUUUUCGAUGUAAAUCAUUCAUGAUGCAUACUCAUUUCACUCUUAAACCUACUUCCUCUCAGGUCUACGGACUGGAUGGCACGCAGCGGUAUUCAAGCCACGCACAUUAGGAUAGUCUGCUCACACUGCUGUGGAUUCGUUACAUCUUGAGUAGUAGACCUUAUUGAUUCAUAGGUCUUUCUUGUUUUAGAAGAAGAAGUGUGCCACAUAAUGUGUGUCAGUGUCUCAUGUCUUGAUCUUAUCCUUGUUGUAUAAGCAUUGAUUAUCAGUUGUUGAAGUAGUUGAACCUGAACGUAAGUAGUGGAGAAAAACUGGGAAAACUAAGGAUAAUUUGUGCAGAUAUAGGUUGUGAAUGGAGGUUCGGGAUAGCUUUCCGAUUGUCCGGCAUGUUUUUAGUAGUAAGUUGUAGACGGGAAGUAUUAAGUCUGGUAAAUGCCUAUGUCGAAAUCAUCACGUGCACGUGAGCAAAAACCUGAAUAAUUCGAAUUAAGUAGUCGAUAGAAGUAGUAGCCAGAAGCUUCUCGAUCUUGAUGAACUAGUAAUAGGUCUAAGAUUCGUAUAAUUUUCUUUCUUGUAGUACUUUCUCAUUCUCUCGUUUUUUCGUCCACCCUCGAUGGCAGAUGAAAAUGAAGGAGACGGCUUGCAACACCAGAUGAUUAUGAAUGUUUAUAACGUAAAGAUGUGAUCUUCAUGUGUGAUGGUGACCGUCCUUCGUGGCCUUUGCGCGACCUGGACUACAUUGCCCUCCUCGACUACGAUCCAUCUCCAGCUUCAGGUAGACACUUAUCGAUUGACUCUUCACUAUGUUUAUCAAUUGAAUUAUCGUGAUAUCUUCAUAGUGCCCUACCUCCCCCCAUUUUAGUAUUACUCUCUUGUUGUAGUGUAAUCUAGGAACACCUCCAUGAUUAGUUACCAUGAACACCUCAACGAUUUUUACCUUCAGCAUGAUUGCCUCCACCCAUACGAGUCGUGCCUGUUCGACGAUGAAUUAGGGCCUACAACGGAGAACAGCCACGACUCGUGUGGAGGUAUUGCCUGUACUAAAACACCUCCGACGAGAUGUUGGAGUUGAUGCCGCAUUGCACGUCUUGAACUUGAGAAUGAGAAGUUGCAAAUAUUUUUAAGUGCUAGAAAUACAUCAAGAUGGUGAUUAGAUAGUGAAGUAGAUUGUAGUACUUAUUUUCAACGGUUAGGGUUAAGUAGAUCAAGAUGAUUUUUCAUGUUUUUUGCUGGGGAUCGGGUCGUCCUCGUCAUGAAACUUUUCCUCAAUUGGCAAGCAUGAGAAUGCUCAGAUAGCAUGAUCUAGCUGGUUGUACGUAGUAGCUGUCACAACAUACGCUCAAAAAUAGUACUAAAUUGUGGAUGUUGUUCUCGUUGGUUCUGGUCUUUUCAUAGGCUCUCAAAUAUUUAAUGACUUCCUUUUUUCGGCGUCUGGCUGACACCGAUCAUUAUCUAGUACUUAUUUUUCUAAAGUAGGCGAAGCGGAAGCCUGCACUUGUUCUCGUUCUUCUUUUCAGAUUUUUUUUUCCUACGUACCGUUAUGCGAUCGCGAUAUUUUCAUCGUUAUUCUAUGUAUCCUUCUUUCAUUUUCUUCAUGGGAACUAAAGAACAUUAGGCGACUUAUGCUCAUGUUGUUGUUUCCUAUUUUCUCAUAUAUCGGCUUGAUUACCAGAUCGAUUGGGAGGACUGAAGCUAACCUAGGUCUUACGAGGGAAAAUUAACCGGUUAUUGAGAGAGAAAGACACCAAACGACUCUCCAUUAAAAACUACAAGACCGUAGUGCACCAUUGCCUGCAAUUCGCUCUUUGUAUCAAAACAACACGACCACGACUACACGCAACGACCACGUAGUUGCAAGAAAACCGCUUAUAUAUAAAAAAAGUAUGCGGCGAGGCUCACUGCUAAUUUCUGCCAAUCCGGUGCUUGAAGCGCAGGGCUGCGGCGGGAGCCCAUCUGAGCCUGAACCUAUGGCUAUGCUUCAGUACGCGUCUAUUUCUAUUGUACUGAAGACAUUAUGCUAUCAUGUUUGAUGACUUAUUUGUCAUAACCACCUGUUUUCACUGACGGCCAUUUUCAUAGUCUUCCACACGAUCUUCAUGAAUGAACUACUACUACAAUAUUAACUUAUUGUACAACUUCCACCACCCUACUAGAAUCAUGUUACAACCUAUAAUAGAUCGCCUGUUGGCAUCUAUGAAACAUUGUUUUGGGACUAGUAGGAACAUUGAACCCCCUGCUAGUGUUUCUGAGACAAAAGGAAAAGGAAUGACCAUCGAAAAGAAUAAGACCCCUUAUCGUAUUUCUUUCAUUUUAAUUGUAUUUUCCUGAUAAAAAAUAUCGAAGAAAACGAAAAGGGACUUGUUUCCUCGAUUCGAAGCCUAGUACGUAGUAAUAAGAACAGAAUGACAUGCUUAAACUUAUAUCCAUGAGGUGGACAGCACGAGGAGCACAACAUCUACAUUUUACAUAUUACAACCAGUGGUUACAACAUGGAAAUGGGACGUAUUCAAGGAUUUCACCACUGGGUGCAGAUGAACAACAUAUGGGAGCAUAACAUAUGACUAAAUGAUCGGGAGAUGAAUACGAGAACAUCUUCAUGCAGUACAGAACGGGAAGUGAUCGAGACCUGCUCAGGCUCGGAUCUAU